AUGGCCGACGAAGCACUUCUGGAAAUUGAAGAUGCAGAAAAUUUAUUUGUAAGACGGUUACCGUCGCGUGAAAGAGAAUCAGCAGUAGCUAGCCCACUUCAGAACAAUUCUUCUAACGGUCUAGUAUUGGAAGAUGGCCCAUCUUCUUCAGGAAAAAUUAGUCCUACAAAUAUGUCAGAUUCAAAGUUUCCCAGACUGAGCGACAUGACGCAGGGUUCAGGUUGUUUUACAAAAGGGUUAGGCGAUCAUCUUACUAACGAUGCUGCCUGUGGCUCUGAGUCGCUACGUUUUGAUGAUACCGCGCAUGUUUCUCGCGGACGAGAUGCGAAGACUGAAGGUUCUAUCAAGUUGAAUAUUUCAAAUUUUGUCUCAUUAAAGCAAAAGGUCACUACGUCAUUUUACAUGAUCGCUAAUCUUCCGUGGCGGCUAGCUGCGAAGACGGAGUGCACGAAACGUACUAGUAACAUGAAGUUCUUCAGUGUUUAUAUUGACUGUAAUCCCGCAAGCGAGUCUACUCUGUGGAGUUGCGAUGCUAUUGUUGAAUUUCGGUUGAUAUCGCAUAAAUCGAACAUACCCCAUUUUAGCCGUCAGUUUACGAAUAAAUUCAGUUUCAACUCGAAUAACUGGGGUUUCCCCUCAUUUAUGGAAUGGAACGAAAUCACAAACCCCGAAAAAGGAUACAUACGUGGUGAUCGAGUCGUUGUUGAAGCUCAUAUUACGAUUCAGAAAGUUGUUGGUGUUAGGAGGAGCCCCACUUUUGAUUUCACAGUUUCUCAGCCGUACGUGUGUGAUGGGACAUUUGUUGUUGACGGAGUGAGGCUACAUGUUAGCAAAGCUUAUUUGGCCCUCUAUUCACCAGUAUUUCACGCACUGUUUUUUUCGAGGUUCAGUGAACGAGAUAAAAAAGAAAUACCAAUUGAAGAUGUCAUCCUCGAUGAGUUUGUAGAACUGCUAAACGUUGUAUAUCCGUCUCAUAAGCCUGUUUCAGCUGAGAACGUCGAGUUUCUUUUGGAGUUGGGAGACAAAUUUGAAAUCCAAUUCGUUAUUGAUGAGUGUGAGCGGUUUUUAAUGCGGUCUGAUGAUAUUUCUAUAGCAACGAAGCUGUUAUGGGCUGAUCAAUAUAGUCUUGCGAAACUUCAUGAUGUUUGUGUGCGAACGUUUAAAAGCCCUAUGGAUAUCAAAGCUUUAAAGAAUACUGAGGAGUUCAGGAGCCUUAGCGAUGUCACAAAAGCUGCUCUUCUUGAAAAAAUACUGAAGUUACUAUGA